UGAUUUAUGUGCUUACUUUAAUUUAAUUAUGUACAUAAUAAGUAAAUGAACACAAAAUUAAUUUUAAUAUGUAAAAAUUAUUUGUAUACAUAAUUUCAUCUUGCGCAUGGUGCAUGUCUUAACUUAGUUCAUAUUAUAAUCAAUAAAAUCUAGCGGGCAUUGGUGAAUAAGUUUUCAAAAGAUUAGCUGUUUAUACUUCAGCCCGCCAAAUACCUCCGAAUAUCCUAGGUUAUAAAAAAAGUUAAAAUGGUAUGAAAACUGCACAUCUUAUGCAAUUUUUAAUUGAUUGCUUAAAUUUUUUGGUCAUAUUAAUUGUCUUAAUCAGCUCUUUAUUUAAAUUCACUACUUACAGAGUUACACCAAUAUGGUUUUCUGUACAUACACAAAGUUAUGAUUAGGACAUUUGAAUUUAAUAAUGUUACAAAAUUAAACAACAUUAUCUUUGUUAUUAGAUUCUUCCAUUUGUGUGCUUUUAAAUAACUUGUGUUUUGCUUCUAUUGCUCAUCCCCAUUGCCUCCUAUCUCCCACUUGAAUUCACACGCUUCUUAUUAGAGAGAGAAAGAAUGGUCUUGGGAAAGCGUCGCGGCUCUUUGAUCAAGAGAACAACAAGCAUGAGAACGAUCACAGACGAUACAGCCACCUAUCAUAUUGCAUCUCAGCCGUCUGAUCAUCUAACCAUUCAUAAUCCGACGGUGAUGAUAUCUACUAAGAACGAUAAUGACUUCUUGAGGACUUGUAGCCUCUGCAAUCAAAAUCUCUGCCAUCGUCGUGACAUUUAUAUGUAUAGGGGGGACAACGCAUUUUGUAGCUUAGAGUGCAGGGGGAAGCAAAUUAAGCUGGAUGAGAGAAAAGUGAAUAACGGCCUAGCAUCCAACAAACCCAUUCGUAUUUGAUUGAUUGUGUAUAUGAUCUACUAUUCUACAUAAUAAACUAAUAAUAAUAGUUUUUGUUACGGGUGAAUAGUCAUAUUAUCGUUUUGUAUAUAAAAAUAAUAAGAAGAGUUUCUUAGUUUCGGUUAAGAGACGGUUCUUAGAUUUUUUUUAUAUUUUAACUAAAAACAGCUAAGAACCGUCUCUUAAAUAUGAGAUAUAAAAGCUGUCACUUAGCCGAAAAGUGUUAAAAAAAACAAAAAAAUGUCAAAUAAUGAGUUAAGAACUCCGACUAAAAAUCUGAGUUAAUCAUGUCCUGAAAAAAAUAUUACGAGAGAAGAAAAGAAAAUGACACAAAAUAGUUUUUUUUUUUUUUUAAAGUGACGAAAUAGUUGUGGUGAUCUAACUUCAUAAGCAUGAUUAUUAACUGAGAUGUAGACUGUCAUUAAGUUAAUUUGCUCAUGUAAUAUUUCCUAUAUCAAUGUUAACAACGUUCAGGUGAUUCACUGCUGUUAUGAACAAUUACACAAAGAGGAAAUUUAAUAAACGUAGUUAGAUUAUAAUAUCUGACGUAGACGGACUAAUUCUCAAAUGUUGUUUAUUUUACUUAUUUUGCUAAAAGAUUCUCAAAUGUUAUUAGAAAUAUAAAUUUUUUGAUAGAGAUAGAAAACCUGUAAUUAAAUGUAUCAAAUCUUAAAUGACAAAAGUAAAAGAUUUGUAUACUUUUAAGUGGACAUUCCAUUUGACCAGCUACAUCUCCCAAAUACAGUAUAAUCUCUUUAAGAUAAUAUAAUUUUAUAAUCUCUUGAGUUUUUGGUUCAAUUAGUAUAUCGAUAAAUUAAUAUCUUUAUAAAUUAAUAAAAAAAUUAUAGUUUUGGUGUAGUUUCAACAUUAUUAAUUUAUAAAAGUUUCACUGUAUUUAAUCAUUGAAAAGAAAUUAUAAUCUUAUGAUUUUGUGUUUUGGGGUGUUAGUGGUAGGUGGACUAUGGAGAGAUCCAGAUUCAUCUCACGAGAUUAAAACUGUGUAGUCACACUAAUACAAAGUCAUGUUUUUAGGCCUUACGUGAAUAUCUGGAAUGAGUGCAUCGGUGGACCGCACUAAUCUCUUUAGAGAUUAAUAUAUCUAAGUCUCUCUAUGGACUUAAAACAUCCUAAGAUUAGAAAAAAUGUUUGUGUUCGUUUUAAUGGUUUAUAUAUUUUUAUUUUAAGAUGUAUUUUUUUUGUCAUCUCAAUUUAUUAAAAAUCAAAAGGCUAGCAUAGUACAAAAACAAAGAAGAGGCCCAAAGAACAAAGCCCAAACUAACAUGAUAACUUGGGCAACUGCAAACCCCAAAGGAAAAAAGAGGCUCGACAACUCAUGGCCAAACGCGUCACCAUGCGGCAGAUGGACACUUGGCGGUAAAGCAGAGACAUCUCUUUCUUCACCGAUUUUGAAAAUGUUGCCGGAAAGUUUAACCGGAGAACCACCGGACACACCGGAAUGAGAGGCUCAUGAAAAGAGCAGCUGAACGCCAUAGAAACAGGAAAUCAGUAGCCAAUACGCACCAUCGUUUCAGAGAAAUUUGAUUCAAACUAACCAAGAUCUAAUAAACUUCGAGAAAAACUGAAAUCUAAUAUCAAAAGCCAUCUUUAUAGAUAAUAAUAAACUCGAAGAUAGAACCACCGAGAACGGGAAUAGAUCUCAGCUUUCCAAAAUCAUUCUUAGAAAAGUGGAAUCGAAU